AUGAAAAAAACUCCACCUCAUUCUCUCCUCACAACAACCUUUCUCUUCUCCUUCCUCUUCGCACGUGCAGCAGCCAAAACAGAGAUCAGCGGUGCCAUCGAUCUCCCUGUCCCGUCGGCGAGGUACAUGUUACCCCCACCGUCGAAUCAAGUUUCAGUGGCGCCACAGUCAUCUUCUCCCGCAGCCGCUCGUUGCUUUUUCCUCAUCCUGGUGCCGCUCGUUGCCGUAAACUCUGCCGCCUUCAGCAACCUAGUCCGACGCACCACAAACUUUCUCGUCGCAGUCGGAGCCGCCACCAUCUCGCCAAGACCAGUUGAUAUAGCCUCCUCUCAGACCGUCGCUACAACCUCAGCCCGGAAUCCAACCCAUCGUCAUCGUCGUUGCACGUGUCAGCAUCGAUCCGCCGUUUUCGUCCCUAGUUUCUUAUUCCAGAUCUAG